AGCAGUUAAAAGAAUAAAAACUAGGAGUGGUUUAGAGAGGAGUGGUUUUACAGGUCCAGACUCGUUUUCUCGGCAGAAGCAGAUGGACGUUGGACCAUGUUGCUGUUCGGUUCUGCUCUUCUUUUCAUUCUGGUUGGAUUGUCUGUUUCUGGAACUUCAGAUCUGAAAAACAUCACUGCUGAACCUGGAGACAACAUCACUCUGACAUGUGAAGAUCCAGAAAACAAAAUUAUAACUUUGGAGUGGAGCAGAUCUGAUCUGCAGGAGGGAGAAUGUGUGUUUUCAUACAGGAGUGGUGGUGUUAAUCUAGACGAUCAGCAUGAAUCUUUCCAGAACCGAGUGUUUCUGAAAGACCCUCAGAUGAAGAAUGGAAAUCUGUCUGUGGUUCUGAAGAACGUGAAGAUUAACGACUCUGGAACAUACAUGUGUAGAAUCAAACAACAAAAUGGUCCACAUGGAGAAAUGAAGAUAAUCUCCACCAUCAAUCUGCAGGUGUCUCCUCCAGGAGAGGAAGAUGGAAGAGGAGACAAGGGAAAACUAAGAGAAGUUAAGAAAGAAGAUGUGGGUGGAGUCAGUCGUGGUCGUCUUGGUCUGAUCCCUGUGCCAGGUCUUCUUCUUCUUCUUGCUGUUGUGGUUCUUGCUGUUCUUCUCUGGAUCUACAAGAAGAAAAAAGUUUAAAUCAAAGUUCCAGAGGUUCCACUAAGCAGCAGAAUCCUGACUGUGAUCUUCUGAACUCAGAAUUCUAAGGCAGAGAGAACAGUAGAUUCUCCAGUCUGAAGUUCUCCAGAUCUCUUCUGAUCCUGAUCUGGAUCUUAUCAAACUCUGAAACAUUUCAGACUCAAAGUCCAAAGAGUCCAAACUCAGAAUCAGCAGAAGUUUCUUCCUGAGAACCUCUAGAAACAUCUGGAAGAACUCUGACAGAUGUUCAGAGAAGAUGAAGACGAAGAUGAAGAGAGGAAGAGGAGGAUGAAGAUGUACUGAAGGUGUUCCUCUCCUCCACUGUUUACAUUCUUUCAACCUCCAUGACUCUUCGUUUGUUUACUCGAUUGACAUAAUUCCAAUGAAUUACUAAGCAGAGAAAAGCAGCUUUGCUUCUCGAUGAACUCUGAGUUGCUUUUCUCUGCUACAGAAUCCGUUUGAAUGCAGGUAACUAGCACAAACAGAUGAAGAGUUUUGGUUGGUGGAAAGGCGUCUGUAGUUCUGAUCAUCUGUGUUUGUUUAACAAAACCUCAGAACAGAAUAUUAACAUGUGGUGUUCCUCAGGGCUCUGUUCUAGAUCUUCUCUUUAUUCUGACAUUCAUGCUGCCUCAUUAAAUUCCUUUAAAAACACCUUAAUAAGUAUUUAUUAGGAAAAUUUGAAGUUGUUUUGGCUUCUUAUUUGUGACAUAUUUUUAUUUUAUAUUUUAUUCAACAUGUCUUACUGCUUUGUUUUAUUUCCUUGUUUCAUGUCUCGAAGCCCUUUUUAUAGUUCAUUUUUCACAAUUCAAAAAAAUUGUUUAUUUUCUUUUAUGAAGGUAGUAAAGCUCUGUAGAAGUAUUAGUGAUUUACCGUUCUAUUAAAUAUAAGAACAGUGUUGAUAAAUAUGUUUAGUGUGAUGUGAUGAACAUCUGUCUGAGUUGCAGUCUCUAUCAUGUGAACCACGUUUACUGUUGUCUCCAGAAUCAGGACAGAACCUGUAGACAUGUUGGAAGGACAAAUGUUCCUGCAGUGUUAAUGUUAGACACGGUACAACAAAAGUGUUUAGACUCCAACAACUGACAACUUCUGUGACAUGUAGAAUGAAAUACUUAGAUUUAUUUGUGAUUAAAAUACUUUUUGAUACUUUAGUUUGUACACGUGUUUCUGAUGUUCUGCUUCCAGUUUAGUUUGUUGUCCAUAACUAGUCCUAAAAAUUGUAGUUCUGUAACUCCCUCCAUAGGGACAGUAUUUAUUAUGUUACUUUUAUUUGCAGCUGUUUUUAAAUGAAAUGUUUUUUUUCUAACUGUAAUACGUAUUUUUUUAUGGUUCCCUCUUGGCCAGGACUCCCUUUUAAAGAUAUUUCUUAAUCUCAAUGGGACUUCCUGGUUAAAUAAUCAUUAACAAAUACAUGAUUGACAGCUCUGUUUUUAUAUUAUAAUAACAAAAAAAAAUAUUUCUUUACUUUAGUUUCUUUAGAUGCCUAACAUGCCAAUAACAAUUCAACGAAGAGACAUAAUAAAAAAUAAAUCAAAGAAAAAAAAACAUCUUGAAAGCAUAACAUUAACAAAAGAAUGAGAACAUUUCAAACAAAAUUUGGGCAUGUUGUAAUCUAUUCGUGUUUUUGUUUUAUUUAGUUCUGUAUUCAGUACAUUUUUUAAGUUGUUUAUAAUUGUCUGUCAAACAAAAUCUAUUUGUAUCAUCAGCAAAUAAAAUGAGGUUUAACAUUUUAAACAUUGAACGUUUCAUUUCUGUAAAUGUUCAACAGUAGUGGGGCCAGUAUGGAUCCUUGAG